CCAAUUACAGUGGAGAAAUCCACUUAGCCCGCGAAAUCGCGGCGGCGAUGCGCCAGUUGCUGGAGUGAGGAUGUUCUUUUUGGCGGAGAUAACAGGUCUGUCGGCACGUCAGUUUUUAAAUGGCAAGCAAUUUCUUUCGAAAAGCUAUGAACCAACUGAGGAACAAGGAGUUUCAGAAGUAUCUGAGGAGCACUUCUGGGGACCAGUUAUUAAUUGGGGUCUUCCCCUAGUCGCAGUCAGCGAUAUGAGGAAGAGCCCCGACAUCAUCAGCGGUCGAAUGACCUUCGCUCUUACCUGUUACUCUGUGAUAUUUAUGAGGUUCUCAUACCGAGUCCAGCCCCGAAACUGGCUCCUUUUUUCUUGCCACAUGGCCAAUGUGACGGCACAAGUGAUCCAGGGAGGCCGGCUCAUCCGACACAAAAUGCAGAACAAAAAUGGAAAAUGAGCCUUUCCAUGCAGUAGAUAAGAGCACAGACGGGUUCGUGCAGAUAAAGGGAAAUUGAGGAAGAUUUCUGCCAGAUCCAUGCAUCAGAUCAAGAGAGCAGCUGCUAAAAUGCCAUUAUGUAGCAGCAAACAGAUAUUUGAAGCUGCUGGUGCCUCUGGAGUCCCAUGGACAUCAAGGUGUAGAGUCCUCCACUGCAACUGUGCAUAAACCUUCUAUUCUGCCGCCACUAACCAGUGCUCACAAGCAGAAACUGUCCAAAUACACAAGUUCAAUGGAUGCAAGACUUGUGAAGCUGCUAUCAAAUAAGGGGUCCUAUGUCAAAAUGUGACGUGACGUGUUUGAUUUCAGUACAUAUGUUGCAAACACAACAAAUGACAAUUUUCAGUUCUUUGCAACUUAUAAAGUGUUUUGCAGCUUACUGUGCAUAAUAAUUUGGAACAGUUCAUUGUAAGUGUUUUGUUUGACAAAAAAAUACUGUAAUCAUUAGAUUUGUUCAAUAAAAUUUGAAUUGCACUCAAUAGUUGACAACAUGAGAAUUAUUCUGA